GGAUGUAUAGGGAAGAAAAGAACCUAGAUUUUUCGCUAUAGACACCAACGAUUAUUAAUUUUGGAAGAAAUAUAAUAAUCCUAAAUAAAUCAUUACCGAUUGUUUGUCUAGAAUAACGCGUACGAUCAGCAUACGAACUACUUUUUGACAUACAUGGACCAUUAUAGUUAGUGCUGUUCAAUCAUUCUGUAUGAAUAUUGAGCUGAUGAAACUGUUUAUGGACAACAUUGUAUACUGUAAAGUAGCUGAUAAAUGGCCUAUAUUUUUUUCUAUGAAUAUUCUUGUUUGAAAUAAUUUCAAUAGAGAAAAAUAAACUGAAUGUUCUAUUAAAAUUAGACUUGAGACUGAAAUUAAGCGAAAAGAUUUGUCAUAAUUCUUGUUAACUGAUAAAAAAUUAAAAACAUUUUAUAGAUAUGUUUUUAUGAAAUAACUUAUAUUAUUUUUGUGUUUUUUUCAUAGCUUUUUGAAGAUAGUGAUAUUCGUCGUGUACAAUUUCGUAUUUUAAAAUAUCUUGGUUCAUUAGGCAAUCGUGUAAAUCAUUAUCUUAUUGAUGAUACAUCAAAUCAUUUAAUAAAAGAAGCUGUAGCAUGGGAUAAUGAAAAUCAUAUAACAUUUCAUGUACCAUUUGAUGAUAUUAAACCUACUAUUCAUCUUGAUAUUUUUCUACCUCGUAUUGUCGAUCUAUCAUUACAUAGUUCUGAUCGUCAAACAAAAAUUACUGCAUGUGAAUUACUUCAAUCCAUAAUGCUUUAUAUGAUUGGUAAAAGUGCAAAUAAUCGAAGUAGUGCAGCAGCUUCUUAUGACAAACUCUAUGAACAUUUAUUUCCUGCUAUACUCGAAUUAUCUUGUGAUUCAGAUACCUUUACAAAAACUUUAUUUACGACAUUUAUGAUUCAAAUGAUACAUUGGUUUACAAAAAAUCAAAAUUAUGAAAAUCCUGAAACAAUGUCAAUGCUUGAUACAUUUAUGAAUGGUAUGAUAUCUGGUCGUAAUGCAUCCAUACGUGAUUUUAGUGGUAUUUGUCUAAAAGAAUUUCUUAAAUGGACAGUUAAACAUUCUGGUGGUUAUGAUAAAACAUCUUAUUUAAAAAAUGCUACAUCAAUUCUUAAACGUAUUCUAAGUUUUUCAUUACAUCCAAAUAGUUUUAAAAGACUCGGAUCAACAUUAGCAUGGAAUUCAAUUUAUACACUCUAUCGGUAA